CAGAAACUCUCCACACGUGGAAAAUUUUGUUUACCAGACGAGGACGCUGUCUCUGUUUUGAAACUUCCAAACACAAAAGAUUGAUCAUGGCAGUAGCUGGAGAACUUGCUUUAUUAAGUGUCUCGAAUAAAACAGGCCUCACAAGCUUUGCCAAAAAUUUAUCUGAUGCUGGCCUACGUCUGAUUGCAUCUGGUGGAACUGCAAAGGCAAUCAGAGAUGCAGGAAUACCGGUUAGUGAUGUGUCCGAUAUCACUGGUGCACCUGAAAUGUUGGGAGGACGUGUUAAAACCCUUCACCCAGCUGUACAUGGAGGUAUACUGGCUAGAUUAUCUGAAUCUGAUCAAGCUGACUUGAGUAAACAGGAUUAUAAAAUGAUCAGAGUUGUUGUGUGUAACUUAUAUCCAUUUGUGAAGACUAUAUCUGAUCCUAAUGUUACUACAGAACAAGCUGUUGAACAAAUAGAUAUAGGUGGCGUUACGUUAUUGAGAGCUGCUGCUAAAAAUCACGCUAGGGUUACGGUUGUUUGUGAUACAGCAGAUUAUCAAAGAGUUUCUGAUGAAAUCACCAAUUCUUCUUCCCAUGACACAAGUCUUGAACUGCGAAAACAGUUGGCUGUUAAGGCGUUUAAUCAUACAGCAGAAUAUGAUGCGGCUAUAUCAGAUUAUUUUAGAUGUCAGUAUAGUAAGGGUAUAUCACAGUUACCUUUAAGAUAUGGAAUGAAUCCACAUCAAAAACCUGCUCAACUUUAUACAACAUUACCACAGCUUCCUCUAACAGUAUUAAAUGGAUCACCUGGUUUUAUCAAUCUGUGUGAUGCUUUAAAUGGUUGGCAAUUAGUUAGAGAAUUACGUAAAGCUACAGAUCUUCCAGCUGCAACAUCAUUUAAACAUGUUAGUCCUGCUGGUGCUGCUGUGGCUAAUACCCUCUCCCCUGAACAAGCUAGAUUAUGUAUGGUAGAUGAUAUGGAUGGCUUAUCUCAACUUGCAACAGCAUACGCAAGGGCAAGAGGUGCUGAUAGAAUGUCAUCAUUUGGUGAUUUUAUUGCUUUAUCAGAUGUUUGUGAUGUAUCGACAGCUAAAAUUAUCUCCAGAGAGGUAUCUGAUGGUGUUAUAGCUCCAGGGUAUGAUAAUGCUGCUCUAGAUAUAUUGAAGAAGAAAAAAGGAGGAAAUUAUUGUGUGCUUCAGAUGGAUGCCGAAUACGAAGCUCCUGAUUUAGAGACAAGAACAUUAUUUGGAUUACAGAUGGCACAGAAAAGAAAUGAUGCCACCAUAACUAAAGAACUGUUUACAAAUAUUACCACAGCUAGGAAAGAUUUACCAGAGGCUGCUGUGAGAGAUUUAAUUGUAGCAUCUAUUGCCUUGAAAUAUACUCAAUCAAACUCUGUGUGUUAUGCUAGAGAUGGACAGGUUAUUGGAAUUGGAGCUGGUCAACAAUCACGUAUUCACUGUACAAGAUUAGCUGGUGAUAAAGCUAAUAACUGGUGGUUACGACAACAUCCUAAGGUUCUAGGUAUGAAGUUUAAAAAAGGUGUUAAAAGAGCAGAAAUGUCCAAUGCUAUUGAUAUCUAUGUUCUAGGAACUGUUGGUCAAGAUAUGAGUGUAAAAAUGUGGGAAGAUCAAAUAGAAAAUCCUCCAUUACAACUUACCCAGGAGGAGAGAAAAGAAUGGAUUAAUAAGCUAGAUAAUGUAGCUUUAAGUUCUGAUGCUUUCUUUCCAUUCCGUGAUAAUAUCGAUAGAGCUCGUCAGAGUGGAGUUAGAUAUAUUGCCUCACCUGCAGGGUCUAAUAAUGAUCAAGCUGUUAUUGAUGCUUGUAAUGAUCAUAGUAUUACUCUAGCCCAUACCAACUUACGACUCUUUCAUCAUUAAACGUAAUAUUGACUCUUCCGUCAUUAAACAUAAUAUCUACUCUUCCAUCAUUAAACAUAAUAUCUACCCACUUAUUCCUCUAUACAAUACUCAUCAUACUUACAUCCACUUAUUCCUAGUAUUAUUCAGAUUUAUUACUUCUAUACAAUACUCAUCAACUUACUUCACUAAACAUAUAUACACUUGUAUCAAUAAAGGAUGCUAGUGCAUUAAUAAUAAUAAGGGUUCUUAUAAAGCGCUAGACUCCAAACAGUAUUAUUUGCUUAAAGCGCUAACAAAGUUUACUAUAAGGUGAACAAGUGUUGUUUUUAAAUAUGGUCAUUUGAUUUUUUCAAAUAAAUCCAUUUUUAGCAGAUUUUCUUGUCCAUUUUUUUCAUUCUGAUUCCCCUUAUUACAAUAUAUGUCAGUUUUAGUCUUCUGGUCUAAAAAUAUGCAAAAAAAAUAUUUUGGGAAAUUGCACUCUAUUGCACCUUAUUGCAUUAGCAUCCUCAAUUUAUUUCUAGUAAUAAUCAGAUUUAAUACUUCUAUAAAUAAUAAUACUUAUCAAGUUUCAUGCAAGGUGGGGGCACUGAAUUAAAGUAUUAAAAAAAGGAUUUAUUAUUCAGUUUCUAUAUGUAUAGCACUGCAUUAAUGAUAAUAGAUCUGAUUCAUUUUCCAUCAAGGACAUCAACUGUUUCUAAUUUACAUAAUAUAUCCUUCCUACAUACAAGUUAAAUAAAAUGUUCAUAUAAAAUUGGUUUUUAAUCGUGUUUAAAAAUGAGAUAGUUAAUAAAGGUCCUACAGAAUUCAUUGAUAAUUUAAUCAAUAAUUCAGAUUAAAAAUUUUGUAUUUUAUAUAGUGUAGAUAAAUUCAAUGUGCUUGUAAUCCAUUCCAUUUACAUGUACAGCUUGUGUGACUCAAAAUUUUCAAGUUUUUAAGUUGAUUUUUUUUUUUAAGAAUGAGGGGGACUCCAGUUGAGUCAACCUAAUCUGUCUCGAUGUGAAGUGAUAGAGAACAUACUGACAAUUUGUAGACCAUUACUCUGUGUUGUAUUCAUCAUAAAAUAUGUUCAAUAGUCAUAAAUAUUUUGCUUCAUUUAAUUGUAGAAUGUCUGAACUAUCAAGUUCUAAAUGUUGAUUCCUGAUGUAGUUUUGGUUAUAAAUGUUAUACGGUAUAUGUAAACUGCUUGUUGUUUAAUUUCUCAUAUAGUUGGCAUCAUUAUUCAUAUUCGUAGUCACAAAUUUUGGGCAGUCAGACCUUUCAGCUACAGAUGUUCAGUAGGAGCUAACAGUAUGGAUAUGCACUAUAUAUGUUACCUUUUUAUCAUUCUAGAUCUCAUAUUUACUUGUUUUGCAUUAUAAUAUGUGGAUAUCAUUGAAGUAAAUAAAUAUUUGUUCCAUUAUUGAAGAAUUCUCAUUCUUAUUGAAUUGAUAUGUGUAUAUGUUACUAUUUUUGUUAAGUUAAAAUAAAACUACAUGUUAAAUCAAAAUUUUAAAGAAUUCAUCUAUGUUCCAUUAGAACAUUUUAAUUCUGGUAUGGUGUAAGUGAACACCCAUAUAUUUUUAUUUGGGCAAAAUUAGUAGUAUAUUUAUAGAUCAUGUGUUGCCCCUAAAUAUGCCAAUGUAUAAUUAAAGAUGGGUUCCCGCGUACAAACUGGGUGAUUUAAUGGUAUAUAUGGACUAAAAACAUAUUCAAACUAAUUAAUUUGUCAUAAUUAUUCUUCAAAUCCUUCUCAAACAUUGUAAUUGCGAAUGAAUGCCCUGCUAUUAAAAUUCGAUCAAACCAGGUCAUGUUUACGUCACGUCUUGGAAAUCAGAGGAGAAUUCAUUGCAUACAUACAACAAUGUUGUCUUUAAUCGUUUACUAUUUAUUACAAAUAUCGAAUCUUAAUUAAAUUCUCGGAUUAUCCACUACCCUCGUCUUUUUCCGUCAUUUUUAUCUCAGAAAGUGUUGUACCUCUAACUCUUCAUAAAGUUUAUCAACUUGUACAUCAAGCGCUCAAUGUUCGCGUGUGACCUUUGACAUUACGCGUGAUGAAAUUUUUAAUGGUCGGGCUGUUGAUUAGGGGAACCCUUACAUUUUUGUCCUGUAUACGCUCCAUGAGGGUUUUUCGGGGAAUCCAGUAUUUUUCUAGUAAGAUUGGAUAUCUCUACUUUCCAUAUAUACCAAAAUUGCCAAACUUUUAUUGGAAAUAACCACCCGAUAAAUACUUUUCUGGGAACCCAUCUUUAAGAUAUCUUGUAUAUGAAUUGAAAUAUAGUUCUGUGUUAUCAUUAAUAAAUAUAUAAAUUCAU